UUGAAUCAUUUGUAACAGAGAUUUUAAUCACACAACGAAGGCAAAGAAGAUGUCAGAGGCAACUAUACUGUAUAUAGACACAAUUCUGUCACACAAAGAAUUCGGCGGGAAACUGAGAAAAUUCUUUGACCGUUAUUUUAAAGACAUUGAUGAAGCGGCAAAAAGAAUUUCUGAAUUUGUUAAGGCGGAUCAGCAGCUUAUAGAAACUUUACGGACUAACAUUGAAGAAGAUGAUUGUGUGAAGGAGAAACUCCCUGAAUUAGUGAAUGAAAGUGCUGAGCUUCUUGGGCAACUCGAUAUCUUCUACAUAAACGACAUCAUGAAGUUUGACUUUGAAUUAUCAGAGUUAGAAUGGAACGAUAAAAAGGAGCUUGGUAGCGGAAGUUUUACCAAAGUGUACAAGUCAAAACUUACGCGAAAAAAUAGACCAGUUGCAAUAAAGGUUGCCACUGACGUAGUCGACCAGUCCAAUGUCACACAAAUCCUGACCGAGGAUAGAACCAUGAGGGAUUUGAAACAUGCUAACAUCGUCAGGUACUACGGUGCUUCCUAUAUUAAAACAAAGAGAGGUUUACAGUGGAUUAUGGUGAUGGAGUUAUGUCAGACAACCCUCAAACAAAUCUAUACUGGAAGCGAACGAAAUGAGCGCAUGAUUCCUGGUUGCCUAGGCAGUGACCACCCACGAUUUGCUGAGGCAGCCAAGUAUAUGCUUGACCAUGCCACCCAGAUUUGUACUGGCCUGGACUACAUUCAUGGAAAAGGAUAUACCCACACAAAUAUGAAACCAGAAAAAGUUCUGUUGGUAGAGGGAAAUGUUAUAAAGAUAACAGAUGUCGGCGUCACCAAUGUAUCACAGAUACUUUGUAAAACUGCAGAUGGUUCCCCGGCUUAUAUGGCACCAGAAGUGCUGCUUUCGAAUGAGAUCCAAACCAACAAGAUUGACAUUUACAGUUUUUCUCUCAUAUUCUGGGAAAUGUGGUUUGGGAAGGAUGUAGCUGAUGAAAUCAACAAAGGUUUACUCGCGUAUGGUUACCAUGGAAAUGCAAUGGAAGUACUCAAAUCUCAGAUUGCAAGGACAGAUGGAUGGCGGCCACCACUGAGUUCACCAAAACGUCCGCCAGAAAUGAUUACUGAUGUAUUAAAAAGAGGAUGGGCGUCUGAUCCUGAAAAGAGGCCAAGUGCAAAUGAGUUUGGAAACACUUUGAAACAGUUUCUGAAGAACAACCUCUAACAAAGCAUAUAAAUUAUACAAAAAGCAUAAGUGAACCACUGCAAAAGACUUACAUGAUUACAUUCAUGAAUAGAACUACUGUCAUGAUAGGCUAUAAAGAUUUUAAUUUAAUUCCGAAACAAAGCAAAUUGCACAAUGAAUUUCAUAAAUCAUCAACACAAUUUCGUUUAUCUAUUAUUUUGACAUCAAUUUAUGUGUAAGUUUUUAAUGCUUAAUGCUUAGGUAUAAAAUUCGCGGUUUAACAAUCAGUGAACAUAAAAAAAAAACAUAUUUGAUUUGUGAAAAUUCAAGAAGUUUUUCUACAGUUAUUGUUUACACAAUAUUUAAACGUUCAUUUGCGUAGUGAUUAACCAGUAAAGAACAUAA